CAAGAGUGACCCCUAUUGUCACUACAUCGACACAACGUCGAGUGAGUGACAGAUAGGGAACUCCUUUUUCACUGUACGUCUUGCCAUUGCAGUCUGUAGGCAUGAUCAUGAUAUCAAGCUCAAUUACACUUCCUAACACUUGACACAUGCUCAGAGCCCUAGAUGCCACUAUAGGAAGUGUAAUCAAGCUUAAAAUCAAGACGGUGACUGCUGUCAAGUGAAAAAUGAGUUAUAUUUUGGUCUGUUCUCACCCAAAACCAAAUGGAUCACUUCAGAAGACAUUGAUUAAACCACUGCAGUCUGAUGGAUUAUGUUUAUGUUGAUUUUAUCUCCCUUUUGGGGCUUCAAAAGCCUUAUCAUCAUUCAAUCGCAUGAUAUGAACCUGCGGAGCUGAGAUAUUCUUCUAUAAAUCUUCUUUUGUGUUCUGCAGAAGAAAAAAAAGUCACAUCUAAGAUGGUAUGAGGCUGAGUACCUGUUUCCUGGCCUGGACGACACGCCAUGUGAACAUCCCUGCUGUAAAUGACAUCAGGGGCAUCCGAUUCAGUGUGUUUGUGUCUGGCCCAGUUAUUUUGAUUGGUGUAUGUGCAUCCAUACUGUCCAAAGUUCAGCCAAAUGUGCAGUUCUCUAUCUUGGGCCUUGUGAUCAUUACAUGCUGCACCAGCACUCUGUGUAUGGUGUUUGUUCCAAAGCUGGAUUCUGAACUGGAGGAUUUGACCAGGCAACUAAAUGAACCAAGUCCUCUUAAGAAUCUCAUCAUCAGAAGUUCUGUUUCUGUUGUAAUUCUGACUACAAGAUGCAUUCCAUUGCACUUUUCCUAGUAGGAAGUUGUAAAACCCGACUUUCCGAGUUGAAUGGAACGCAGCACUACUUUUCAAAACUUGAUCCGACACUGAAUGCUCAAGCAGCCUAAUUUACACUUAGAAAACUCCUGAUAUUGCUAUAACAAUACAAAAAGCACUUACCAAUUUACUUGAAGUGAAAAUCAGUCCUCCUUUCCUGUUUAAUAAAUUAAGCAAUCACACAGUCAUGCAGAACAUCUC